AUGGCUUCCAGGGGUGGUGGAUCCAUAGGCCGAGGUGCAGGCAGGGCUCAGAGCAGCGCACCGGGAUCUCCAUCACGACCUUUGCAGGGGCGAGUAGGGGAUGGACCGGGUGGAGCCGGCGCGAUCUUCGUUGGGGGGUUGCUUACUGUACCGGCGCCGAGCUCUCGUCGCUCUUUCCGUUACGACGGCCCUCGGCCCCCUCCUUCGAGGCAGACGCCGACGCAGCCGGAGAGCGGCAGUGAGGAGAAGGAUGAGGAGGAGGAUGGUGAGGGCGAGAAGGAGGAGGACACUGAGGGGAGCGGGGAUGACAGCGAGGCGGCGUGGGACCCAGAUACGCAUGGCGGUGGGGAGGGGGGAGAUGAUGAUGAUGAAGACCACGAGAUGGAUGGGUUGGAGCCAGAGGGGCGGGAGGAGGAGGUGGGAGAGGGUGGUGGAAGGGCGGCGACAGAGGCGGGAUCACAGCAUGUGCGUGAAGGGGGAGGGAGCGUGGGGGUUAAGGUGGGGGGGGGAAAGGCCGUGACAAUUAGGGAGCCGAGGCAGAGGAAGAAAGCGAACAAGUUGAGAGAGCGAGCGUAUCCCUGCACGUUCACUGGGGAGCCCUUGGGCGAGGGUGUGAUCGCUCCCGAGUUCCUAGACGAGGACGGAGGGUCCGAGAGUAGUAAGGGGACCGGCAAGGGGGAGACGUUUCCCCGAGGGGGCUACAAGGGAGUGCCGGAUGGCUACGUCUAUCAGUGGCCACAUGCCAAGACUUGGCCGCAGCUCGCCAAGGGGAAAGCGAUGGCGACUGGUGGAGGUGAUGGGUCAGGAGGGAUCGAGCGGUGGAUGACAACCAAACUAACCUCGGUGCAGCUACGACAGGCGAUCACGAAGCUGGUGGUCAGCUGCGACCUCCCCUUCCGCAUCGUCGAGGCCGAGGCUACGGUUUCCCGCGACACAGUGGUCUAUGCGGCUGCCGCUCUUCAGUCAGCCAUCGCGGAGAUGCUGGCGAAGGAGGGGGAGCUGGGGUGCAGGGUGUCGUUCACCAUCGACAUGUGGACGUCGCCCAACAACAGGGCGUGGCUAGUGGUAACGGGUCACUGGAUCGACGAGAAUUACCAGCUGCGCACAAUGGUGUUUGAAUUCCGCGAGAUUCACGGGCGUCACACGGGCAAGCAGAUGGCGAGGGUGGUUGAGGAGACGGUGGUGCAGUGGGGGUUGGAGACGCGUUGUCUUGGGUUCACCUCUGACAACGCCUCCAGCAACACUGCCGCUUUCAGGUGGAUGUCGGAGGAGGGUGUGAAGUAA